AUUUUAACUAUAGUUGUCAAGUUUCCCAAAUUUUAACUGAAGAAAACCCUAAGAAAUUUAUACUUGAGGACAAAAGUGUAACUCCACCAAUUAACAGGCUGACAGAAUGAAUCUGGAAAAACUCAGCAAGCCUGAACUCCUGACGCUAUUCAGUAUUCUUGAAGGAGAGCUCGAAGCAAGGGACCUUGUGAUAGAAGCUUUAAAGGCCCAACACAGAGACACUUUCAUUGAAGAACGUUAUGGAAAAUAUAACAUCAGCGAUCCUUUAAUGGCUCUGCAGAGAGAUUUUGAAACACUGAAGGAGAAGAAUGAUGGGGAGAAGCAGCCGGUCUGCACAAACCCACUGUCCAUCCUCAAGAUGGUGAUAAAGCAGUGCAAGAACAUGCAGGAGCGCAUGCUGUCCCAGCUGGCUGCUGCCGAGAGCAGGCACCGAAAGGUGAUCCUAGACCUUGAAGAGGAACGGCAAAGGCACGCACAGGACACAGCUGAAGGAGACGAUGUCACCUACAUGUUGGAAAAGGAGAGAGAGAGGCUGACUCAACAGCUGGAAUUUGAAAAGUCCCAAGUAAAAAAAUUUGAAAAAGAGCAGAAGAAGCUGUCCAGUCAGCUGGAAGAGGAACGCUCGCGCCACAAGCAGCUGUCAUCCAUGCUGGUGCUCGAGUGCAAGAAAGCCAGCAGCAAGGCCGCCGAGGAGGGCCAGAAGGCCGGAGAGCUGAGCCUGAAGCUGGAGAAGGAGAAGAGCCGGGUGAGCAAGCUGGAGGAAGAGCUGGCGGCCGAGCGGAAGCGGGGCCUUCAGACCGAGGCACAGGUGGAAAAGCAGUUGUCCGAGUUUGACAUCGAGAGGGAACAGCUUAGAGCAAAACUGAACCGAGAGGAAAACCGGACCAAAACUCUGAAAGAAGAGAUGGAAAGUUUGAAGAAGGUAGUGAAGGACCUGGAGGCCUCCCACCAGCUCCAAGGCCCACAAGGGCAGCUGAAGAAACCAGCAACCAUGUCCCAGGGCACAGCAACGGAGCCGCCCAUGCUAGUGUCUGUAUUUUGCCAAACAGAGAGUUUUCCAGUGGAAAAAAUCCACGGGAGCAACUUAGCCAAGGUGACAAGCCCUGGGCUGCCUGUUCCUUCCAGUCCUGCUUACUCUUACGCCAAAGCCAAUGGCCACUGUGACCUGGAGACACAGACAGCCAGGGAGCUGAGCACAGGCAGUGGUGCUGAAAACCAAGUGUCCCCACGCGAGAAGUCCUCAGCAUCAGCCCAGGAGAGACCAGUGGAGAACGGCGGGUGUCCAGUGGGACCCGAGACCACGGUGCCAGCAGCCACACACCUCCCUUCCAGUGGGAGCUCCCUGUCCCCCAGCAGCACCGCCUCCUCCUCUCUCACAUCCUCUCCCUGCUCCUCACCAGUGCUCAGCAAACGCCUGCUGGGCUCGUCAGCCAGCAGCCCCGGCUACCAGACCUCCUACCAAGUAGGGAUCAACCAGCGCUUCCACGCAGCUCGACACAAAUUUCAGUCCCAAGCCGAUCAGGACCAACAAGCCAGUGGGCUCCAGAGCCCUCCAUCCAGGGAUCUGUCCCCCACCCUCCUGGACAACUUGGCCGCCAAGCAGCUGGCCCGAAACACAGUCACUCAGGUGCUCUCCCGAUUCACCAGCCAACAAGGGCCCAUCAAGCCUGUCUCUCCCAACAGCUCUCCCUUCGGCACAGACUACCGUAAUCUGGCCAGCACUGCCAGUCCCCGAGGCGACAGCAGCCACUCACCUACUCCAGGGAAAGUGUCCAGUCCUCUGAGCCCCCUGUCUCCGGGAAUCAAGUCCCCCACCAUCCCCAGGGCUGAGAGAGGGAACCCUCCACCCAUCCCACCCAAAAAGCCUGGCCUCACCCCUACUGCAUCUGCUACUCUUCCACCGACCAAAACUCACCCGCAGGCCUCCUCUCUGGCCACCACAGAAGACCUCGCCAGCAGCUGCGCUGCCAACACCGUGGUGGCCAACGGCAAGGACGUUGAUAUACUUUUGCCCACCAGCAGCUAG